CGUUUUCAGGUGUGAACUGUAUUAACCAUAGAGCAACCCCGAGGACAGGCACACCGUAGCCCUGGAGCUAUAGGGGCGCACAUAAUUGGAGAGAACGCGUAACGACAAGUACUUUGUGUUCUCGGGCGUUUAAUUGUCGGGCUUUUGUUGAAAUGUAAGUAGUUUCGCUGAGGUGCACCCUACAUUUCCACCAUGGCUAAACAGUACCGCAGCCAAAGCUUUUAUGUUGGACCACGCUUCUGUGACCUACAGCCCCUUGGUUUUGGGGGUGGGGGUCAAGUGUACUCUGCUAUUGAUGUGGAGUGUGAUAAAAGUGUAGCCAUCAAGAAGAUAGGACUGGCCAACCAGAAAAAUUGCAAGGUUGCACUGAGAGAGGUGCGAAUCCUUCGUAAGCUGCAGCAUGAGAACAUAGUCAAAAUACACGAUGUACUGUAUUCUGAUGGUGAGAGAACCAACCACUGUGAAGGUACUACAUGUACAUGUACUGAAGCACCUGCUUUGUACAUAGUGCAGGAAUUGCUGGACACUGACUUAAGGAAUAUCAUUGCUGGAGGCACUCUCACCAGUGAGCAUGCUCGGCUCUUCAUGUAUCAACUGCUUCGAGGCAUGAAAUACCUACAUAGCGCCAAUGUUCUGCAUCGGGACCUGAAGCCGGACAAUCUUUUGAUUAAUUUUGAAGAUCUGGUGCUUAAGAUUGGCGAUUUCGGCAUGGCCCGAAUCCUUGAUCCAGACUACUCACACAAGGGCCAUCUCACCCAAAAUGUCUCAACUCGCUGGUACCGAUCUCCAGAGCUCAUCUUCUGCCCAUGUGACUACACAGAGGCCAUAGACGUGUGGUCUGCAGGGUGCGUCUUUGCUGAGAUGUUGACUGGUAAGCCACUCUUUGCUGGGGAGCAUGAUCUGGACCAGAUGCUCCUGAUCCUGGAAAUAAUUCCAGUCAGUGAUGUAGAUCUUGUGGAAGUGGAGGACUCCAUCCCAAGAAAAAUGCUCAAGAACUACAAGGGGACACCUCGUAUUUCUCUGUGUGAUGCACUUCCAGGUGUUGAACCAGAUGCAUUAGAUCUCCUUAAAUCCUUGUUGACAUUCAACUCGAAUGACAGAGCAUCUGCUGAAGAAGCGAUCAGUCACCCUUACCUGAAACUCUACUCGUGUGCCUCGGAUGAACCACAGGAAUUGGAGCCUUUCCACGUGGAGUGUGAGGUUGAUAACCUCUCUCCAGUUACACUGCGGAAGAUAAUUCUCAAUGUGAGUAAGACUAGAACUGAGGAUGAGGACCAACCGCUGCCAAACUCGUUACCAUUGUUGGCAACUAAUGAUUCAGAAGAUGAUUACAAGUGGAAACUGGAGAUGCUGAACUUUUCCUCAAGGGAUAAUUCAGACUUAGAUUCAGAGGAAGAUGCUUUGGAGAAGUUAGACCUAGGAAAGACUUCCUUUGAGCUGACCCCAAAAGGGGUAUCUGUCCCGGACAAAAGGAAUGAGAAGAAUGAAAAUGAAGCCAGCAGAAAGUUACAUGUGGAAAGCAAGGAGAAUAAGCUGCUUCUCUGGGAGCACAAUGCAUCAGGGAGGGAUUCCUCAUCGGAAAACCUGGAGAAAGGAACCACUGAGUCUGAUGGAGAAUCCAGUGAAAAAUUAGAAGCUGAAGUUGCAGAAACUGAAAAAGAUGUUAAGGGGAGGAUUACCAAUAUCCGAUUCAAGAAAGUGGUAGGGGUUGUAUCCUCCAUUGCAGAGUCGUCCCCAAUAUUUGACAAGAACGUUCUCUCCAAAACCAACAUGGAAAAUAAGAGAGAAAAGCAAGUGGCAAAUGAGCACAAUUUGACAACUGAUUUGUCUGAAAAAGCUGUUGGCGAUAAGCUGCAGAAGGAGAAACAGAAGAACUUUACCAACAGACAAAGUAUAAAAGAAACGGAGAUACCCUCAAAAACCGAACAAAGCGUGCGUAGAAAAGAGUGUGAGAACAAAGAAAUGCACAAAGAUCACACUUUACAGUUGACAAACAAUAAGGUAAUUUAUAAUGAAGGAAAAACCCUUCAGGAGUGUCUUGAGAAAUCUGGCCAAGUUGAAGAUGCCCAAAAUAGCAACAAAAUGCAUAGCAUUUGCCAGAGUAUCGAUUGCAAAGGUACAGGGAUCCCAGGUGGGGAAGAUUCUAUCUUGCCUUUACACGUAGCCUCCAGCUCUAAUAAGGGAGUUGAUUUUCAAGAGAAGUCAUUACAGCCAGUGGGAUUGGACGAGUUGCUUUUUGUAGAAAUCCCUAAAACUUCCAGCAUCCUUUCAGCACCACUCUGUUCACCUCCUAGGGAUGGGGACAGGUCAUCUUCAACACAGAGUCCCAAAUCUAAGGGGAGUAACUCACCAAGAGAGAAGAGUGUAAGGCCCAAGAAACAGCAUUGGUUUUAUAUGCAUAAAGGGAGUAUCAACUAAAUGUCAUCUAUUGUGUGCAACAGAUAGAUUUUGUUUGUUUAUUAAUUCAGGAUAUUAUUUUCCUUAGAACUUAUUUGUAACAUGUAAGUAAGUAUUACGUGAUACAGACACUUUAUCUGUGGCUAGUGGAAACAAUGGGCAAGCUACUUCAGUAGGUACAUUUUGAGCAUGGCACUGUAACCAUGCUGACUGGACAAAAA